UACCAGAGAGAGAGAGAGAUUGCAGCAACAAAGCAAAGCUUUCGACAAGCUCAACGACCGCAGCGUCCAGCUCAAUUAAUGUCGUGUUGAAUCGUUGCCACAAAGCUUGCUUGCAACCCAAGGAAGAGAUGAGGCAUCAACAUAAAGAUAUAAGUCUUGUUAUUGAUCAGACAGAACUUCAAGAUCAUGAUGUUCCACCCAGUGAUAAUGCUAUUAAACAUCCAAAUCUUGUUGAUGAUGGAAGCAGAAGCGGGUACUUGGAUUUGUGUGUUCCACUAUGCCAAGCUGCUAUGAAAGGUGACUGGGAAUCAGCCCGGACUAUAAUCAAUCGACGGCCCGAGAUUUUUCGCGAAGCAAUCACCUUUCAGUGGGAGACUCCUCUUCACAUCGCUGUUGCAUCAAAACAAACACACUUUGUCGAAAAAUUGCUUGAAAUUACGGAUGAAACUGAUCUAUAUCUACGAGACAAGGACGGCAAUACCGCUUUUUCGUUUGCUGCAGCAUCGGGAGUUGUUGAGAUUGCUCGAUUGAUGGCAGAUAAGAACAAGCGAAUUUCAUUGGCUGUAGGGGCUGAAGAUCUGACUCCAAUCCACAUAGCAGCGUUGUUUGCUCGGCGAGACAUGGUAGUCUACCUUUUUGAGACUACAAACCUCAGACCUCUAAUCCUUUCAGGGCAGCUAAUUAAUUUUUUUCUUGCCGUCAUAUCAGCCGAUAUCUUUGAUGUAGCUUUGCAACUACUAAAAGCGAAUAUUAGCCUAGCAGCUGCUCGAAACUCUAAAGGAGAGACAGCAUUGCACUUGAUGGCUCGCAAGCCCUCUGCAAUUUCACGUGAAAAACAGUUGAACCAGUUUCAAAGACUAGCAAAUUCCAUUUUCAAAGGUUUAUUCGGUGGAGCAAAACUGCAAAUCUUGGCUCAUCGGCUCGUAGAAGAUAUAUGGAAAUCAAUUGCACAGCGACCAGAAGAAGAGAUUUGGGAUUUCAUCAAUUCACCUCGAAAUCUACUCUUUGAUGCCGUAGAAUCAGGAAAUAUCGAGUUUUUAGAUAUUCUACUUCGUUCUUGUCCUGACCUCCUAUGGAAAGUUGAUGGGAAAAAUCAAAGUAUAUUUCAUGUAGCUGCUUUACAUCGUCAUGCAAGCAUUUUCAACAUAAUCUACGAGCUCGGGGCUAGGAAGGAUUUGAUAGCUUUUUAUAAAGACCCGUUGCAAAACGAGAACAUUCUGCACCUUGUGGCUCGUUUACCAUCUCCGGAUCGGUUACAAAUGGUACCGGGAGCAGCACUUCAGAUGCAAAGAGAACUACUAUGGUUCGAGGCUGUUAAAGAGAUUGUUCCUCAUACAUACAUCAAAGCUGGAAACGUAAAGGGGGAGACACCGCAUGAUAUAUUUAUUAAAGAACAUGAAAAUUUACGCAAAGAGGGAGAGAAAUGGAUGAAAGAAACCGCAACAGCAUGUAUACUCGUAGCAGCGCUGAUUGCUACCGUGCUUUUUACAGCAGCCUUCACCGUACCAGGUGGAAUCAAAGAAUCAACGGGUCUUCCUAACUUGGCUGAGAAUGAGUGGUUUGAUACCUUCACCAAGUGGGACAUCAUUGGUCUCUUUACAUCUGUCGACUCUGUUGUGAUCUUCUUGUCGAUCUUGACUUCUCGGUACGCGGAAGAUGAUUUUCGGAAGGCCUUACCGGCGAAGCUGGUGUUCGGACUUACAACAUUGUUUGUAUCGAUAAUCGCCAUGGUUGUUUGCUUCACCGCGACAAUGAUCUUGAUCCGUGAUCACACGUCUACUGGGAGGCUGGUCCUCAUCUGUGUCCUUGCUGCUCUUUCGAUUCUCUUUUUUGUUGUAUUGCAUUUUAGGCUUUGGUGGGACACUGUUAUCUCAAUCUGAAACAUGAAACAUUUGCGGAUCUUACUGGUUGAUGGCACAGCGCUAGAAGAGAUUCAAAUGAUAUUGCACUUCAAAGAAUCACUCCAGCAUUUAUGCUUGAGUGGAAAUAGCAUGAUCAACCUGCCAGCUAACAUCAAACAACUUAAUCAUCUGAAGUGGCUUGACUUGAAGUUCUGUGAGAAUCUCAUAGAGCUUCCCACACUUCCUCCAAACCUUGAAUACUUAGACGCACAUGGAUAUCACAAACUGGAACGCGUUAUGGAUCCGCUGGCCGUUGCUUUGAUCACUGAGCAGAUUUGUUCUACAUUCAUUUUCACUAACUGCACAAAUCUGGAAGAAGAUGCAAGGAACACUAACACAUCCUAUGCAGAACGGACAUGCCAGCUACACGCAUUUAAGUGUUACGAUAUGGUAUUCUCUCACUCCCUUUCACUUUUAAAGUUUCCUUCUAUUUCAGAAUUUGCUAGAGCUUACGCUUUGAUUUUACAUUCCGGCUUCAGGACAACCUCAGGUAACUUUCCUCCGGAGUAGGAUUGUUAGGGCCGACAGCAUGAUAAGUGAAGUACUUUAAACAGUCCUUGCCACUUAUUGUGAAUAACAAUCUUGCUAGCUU